GUUGCCUUUUGUGUCGGCUAACAACAUACUUAUGACAACAAUUGAUGGAAUCGGAACGGUAAUUGAGUUAGCAUUUGUGGUCAUAUUUAUAGUAUUUGCGCCAAAGAAUGAAAAGAAAAAAAUGGGAGCGCUCCUUAUUUUAGUGGUCGGAAUAUUCGUUGCUGUUGCGCUUCUUUCGGUGCUUGUUUUACAUGGGAGAAUCAGACGCCUCUUUUGCGGUUUCGCUUCCUUAAUCUCCAUUGCCGUUAUGUUCUUCUCGCCUCUAUCCGUCAUUAGGGUUGUGAUGAAGACAAAGAGUGUAGAGUUCAUGCCAUUCCUCUUAACUUUCUCCAUGUUCCUAUGUGGCACUGCUUGGCUCAUUUUUGGCCUCCUUGAGAAGGACCCUUUUGUUUAUGUACCAAAUGGCAUUGGAUGUGGUGUCGGAGUAUUACAAUUGAUACUAUAUGCAAUCUAUAGUGAGAAGACAAUAUUCAUGACCAUCAAGAGAUCUUUUUCCCAAGGGAUACUCCAAAUCAAUGCCAUGUUCCAAUAGGAGAAGAAGCAACCAAGCAUCCUGUCAUCAAAAUAUGAUGAACAAGUCUAGUGUGUGUGUGUGUGUGUG